GCUGAGCUAUAUGCUGAAAUGCGACGGCAUAUAUCAGCGGCUGACCAAGUAUUCGCGAGUUGGCAGAAGUCAAUGUCCCAGCAAGCAUACAUUCGGAGAUGUCUUCCUCUAUGAAUGACAUUGACGAGAAGGCAGUCGCGAGCACGACACAUACUAUAUCAGAAAGAAUGAUAUGCUAUGGAACGAUCUUAAAUGUGAAGUGUCAACUUCUCAGCAUUAACCAAACGGACCUCGAAAAUGAUCAUGAACGGCAUAUCGAAGACGAACACACAGAGUACCAGUCUCUUCAGGUAAUCGUGAAGCAUGGGAGACUUCUCGUAGGCACCCUCCUACAUCCGGAACUGGUCAACAUGAAUUCUAGGGCGACAUUCGUAUUCCUGGAGUUGUUGAAGGUGGCAAAUGUGCAGCUAGUGCCAUUCGUUAAGAAGAAGGCGCUUCAAGCGCUGCUUUCACCAUGUCCUACCGACAGGAAAGUUAACCUCCUUUUCAUUGAGGUGAAUGUCCAGGGCCUGGAGAGCGACUUCGGGACGAUUGGAGCCUUGUUAUCCGACCACGACUUUUACUUGCAGGAUCCCUUCUGUCACGACCAGACUUUACUGUAUCGUAACCCGCACGUGAUGGUAUUCGACAUGCCCGAUGAGCAAUUGUGGCUUCACGAACUCUCCAUGGAUCUCCUGUCUGCACCAGGACGGGUAAAAGAGAAUAAUGAUUGGAACGUGGUGCUAGAUGAUCUACCUCAAAAUCAUAAUCUCAACGCAAGCGCAAUCCAGGUGAACGCAGAUGUUGUUACACGAGAGAUCAUGCCACAUCAGGGGGAGGCCCUCGACUUCAUGUGCAAGCGUGAGCUUGGUGGAGAACUCUUGGACGAACAUAUGCGGUUGUGGCGACUUGAACGAAACUCCGGCGGAAAAUCAGUGUAUCGUCAUAUUAUCACCAAGGCCGAGUCACUGCAGCCACAACGAGAAGCUCAGGGAGGAGUGAUUGCAGACGAAAUGGGUCUGGGGAAAACGUUGACAACCAUAUCGUUGAUCGCGGUUUCCCUGCCGCGAGCUGCACACUUUUCCAGCACCAUGCCAAGUCAAAGCUUUUCACAGUCAACAGCGCCAUUGCCGAGAAGCAGAGCGACACUCGUGGUCGUGCCAUCCACUCAAUUGAUGGACUCUUGGUCGAAAGAGCUGAAACGACAUACUCGUCCGGGAAGCCUGAAAAUAUCCUUUUAUCAUGGCCAUGACCGCGUACGUCAUUAUUCAGAGCUUCUACACCAGGACAUUGUCAUUACCACGUAUGGGACUAUCGCCGCAGACUUUCGUCGAUCGACUCGGCAAUUCCUGUUCGAUGUGCAAUUCUUCAGAAUCGUACUCGAUGAAGCCCACACCAUCAGAUCGCGCCGCACAAAGCUGUUCAAAGCCGUCACAUCGAUCGACGCUGCUCAUCAUUGGUGUCUGACAGGUACGCCGAUAUCGAACAAGGUCGAUGACCUCGGCGCACUGCUCGAGUUCUGCAGAGUUCCAUUGCUCGGCGACAGACAAUGCUUCCAGCAGCAUGUCGUUACUCCCUCGAGAAAGAAUUUAAGGCGUGGCUAUACGGUACUACGACUAAUCUUAGGAUCACUCUGUCUACGCCGUACCCGAGAUCUGCUGGAUAUCCUCCAGCCAUAUCUUUCACAAUCGGAAGUUGCGUUCUCAAAGUCUGAGUCGGUACAAUACAAGAGCAUUAUCAAGAGGGUACGCCGUGAUAUUGAUGUGGCGGUUAGCGGUCAUAGCAACAAGACAUCACAACAAAUCAUGCCUAAAGCGUUGCUGGAACUUCGCAUUUUUUGCAAUCAAGGAACGUUCACGCCCAAGCUUCAAAGCGGCGAAGAAGCAGAAUUAGACGCCGAGGAGCAAUUGAGCUUACUGCAGCAGACAGAUGAUGCUAUCUGCGUGAAAUGCGCUACUAUAAUUUCAACUGUGACAGUCAGCGACCAGGUCGAAAUUUUCGAAUCUGGUAUAGUGGGGAAGUGCUCGCAUCCCUUGUGUUCGUUGUGCUAUGCUGAUGCUGUCGACGACCCGUUGACAAAUGAAACUUAUACAUGUCCGCUUUGCAAACAAGUGACAGUGCCACAAGCGUUGCCGAACAAUUCGUCACUAGAUAACACAGCGGUUCCAGCGGACUCGAGGCACUCAAGCAAGAUCUCCAUGCUCAUUGAAGAUCUACUGUCAUCACAGAACGUAUCUGUGCCGGAGAAAAGUAUCGUAUUUUCUUUCUGGACAAAAACUUUGAACAUUGUGUCGGAGCUCUGUACAUCAAAGGGGAUCCGUCAUGUUCGAAUUGAUGGCAAAACUCCUGGCCCUGCAAGGCCCGUGAUCCUUGAACAAUUCGCCAAUGAUCCAUCGAUUUCGACUUUGUUAAUGACUAUCGGCACUGGCGCAUUGGGGCUCAAUAUUGUUUCUGCGUCGAGAAUCCAUAUUCUGGAGCCGCAGUGGAAUCCUGCCGUGGAAGCCCAAGCCAUUGGAAGAGCGGUACGCAUUGGUCAAGAGAGACGCACAACAGUCAUUCUAUACACGGUGAAAGACAGUAUCGAAAAGGCUAUCCUCGGUUAUCAAAAGCGCAAGAUGAACCUCGCGGCAGGAGGCUUCGGUCAUAGGAGCAACGAUAUUGGUCCGGAAGAGAACGCACGAUUGACAGCUCGAUACCUUUCGCAGACUGCGAACAAGUAGUGAAGUUCCCGUGCACUGAAUACAAGAUGUCUGGUGAGUAGCAUGUUCGUGCGUCCCGGCGGUGUCCAUAGUGACAUGGCCACGACGGGCGUGAUAUAGAAGGCAAAUAUUCAGCUACAUCGAGAGCCGCGUUGCCAGGUCACCCGCAAGUAUAUCAUUAAACAUCUCCAACUUCCUGGUCGAAUGCUCAGAUGU